CUUAAUAUCAAGUGGGCACAUUCACUGGGGUCUGCAGUCACCUUUGACUCCUUCGAUGUUAUAUAGGUAUCUCUUUGUGAGAACCUUCACCCAACCAACGUUUUUUUUGGCAACUGGAAUCGUCCACUUCUUCCAUGGCUAUCUCAAGAAGCUUGCGAUCGCUCUUCAAAGCCAUCGCGUUACUUGCAGCGAUCUUCCUUCUCAUCCUUGGAAUCGGUUUCUUCCGGUACAGCGACCGUGUGCUACGGACACAGCCCAUUAGCACUGGGAACCUCAGUCCUCCUUCAGCGGAGGAAUCGGGUAGCGUGCCUAUUGCUAUUUUGCCCGCCGCAGCUCCGACUGGUCUGCCAAGGAAAGCAAAUGACACUCUGCUCGCGCAAGCACCACCAUAUAUCCACGCCAUCUUGAAUUCAUCAGAUUCAACAUUUGCUCGUCUGGAGUGUCCACAGCCGGACCUUGAGCGUUAUGCUUACCUGGGAGACUCACCGGACCAAUCUGAAGCGUCGCAGCAUCCUAGGUUUUUCUUCGCGCUCGAUCUAUAUCAAUGUGUUCACCUACUUCCACGAUUGCUCGGUUCAAUCAUAGAAACAAUCAGGUUCCUUGGUCCAGAGAACUGCGUGCUUUCCAUCGUAGAAGGCCGAUCCGACGACGGCACGUUCGAAGUCCUUGACGAGCUUCGUUCCAGCUUGCAAGCCUUGGGUGUGAAGUACUUCUUCCAAACAAGCGACAUCAGUCCCAUAGCCCCGGGAACAGACCGUAUCGAAGCCCUUGCAGGCCUGCGGAACCUCGCCUUACACGACCUCCUCGCCCACCCAGCGCACUACAACCCAGACACCACCGUCAUCUUCCUCAACGACAUCGCGCUCUGCAUGGAGGACAUUUUAGAGCUCCUCCACCAGCGGAAAUGGCAAGGCGCCGACCAGACAUGUGCCAUGGACUGGACGUACGUGGGCGACAACCCGACAUUCUACGAUGUCUGGAUCGCGCGCGGCAUGACGGGCGAUUUAUUCUUCAACAUCCCCGACGAUGGGAGCUGGGACUUUGCCUGGAAUCUCUUCUGGAAUGACGACAAGGCGCGCACUCGGCUCGCUGCUGCGAAACCCUUCCAGGUGUUUGCGUGCUGGAACGGUGUCACCGCGUUCACUGCGAAGCCGCUGUUAGACGGGCGCAUCAAGUUCAGGGCGAGUGGACCGGGCGAGUGCUUCCAGGGCGAGCCGAAACUGUUUGCGAAGGAUAUGUGGGCGAACGGACAUGGCAGGAUUGCAGUCGUGCCGAGUGUGAAUGUGGAGUAUAGUGAUGAGGCGGCAAAGAAGAUCAAAGCGCUCAAAGGGUAUGUGACGAGUCAUGUUGCAAAUGAAGGGGACGAUGGGAGGAUUGAGUGGGAGACGAAGCCACCGGAGAAGGUAAAGUGCAUGCCGGAUCAUCAGCACCAGACUUUUGUUGAUUGGGAUGAGGGACUGAGGCCGAGAUUACCGGAGAAGCAAACAAAUAGGACAUAGUGCACAUUUGUAUAUAAAAACACCUGUAAGUACAAAGAGUUUGAGUACAUCUCCAUAUUAUCUGCGUAAUCACCGCGAACGCUUUGUUUACGC